GGGAUUGGACGAAUCGAGCUUGUCUGACACCCUGAAAGUGUUGAGGGACAACAUGUUGUCACUGCAUGCGCACGUAGACAGCAGGAUGGAUUUCAUGCAAAGCAUUUUGGACCAGAUCCUGGAUGCAUUGACAAAGCCAGGAUUCCGGCCACCAGCUCAAUCGCCGUUGCCAUUAACGGCGAUGUCAGGCCCCUUUGCCGUACAAGCUGGCACACAGCCAAGUGGCACAUCUGCAGCAGCAGCACAGACUGUUGCAUCUUCUUCUUCGGGUCCAGUGGUGAUUGCUGCAUCMCCACAACAACCUGUUCAGCCAACUGGACAGCCGCAAGGUCAAUGGUAUCCCAAGACCCCAAUGAAACCGCCUCUUGCCUUCUCAGGCGAGAGAAAGGACAAAGAACUCAACACAUGGUUGAGGACAGUCCCGGUUUGGGUGAAGGCCAAAAGGACCUUGCCUGAGGAUGAAGUGGUAACUGCGGCAUCUUACCUAGAGGGUAAGGCAGCCAAAUGGUUAGAUGGAGUAGUUGUGAAGGCCGGGUACGGGCGACGCAUGGCGGAUUGGGCUAAGUCUUUGACUUUAGACCAAUUCAUGGAGAUGGUAGAAGCUCGAUGGCAUAACCCACAGGAGGCUCAAAGGGCCACUGAUGCCAUUAAUAAACUAGACCAAUGCAAGUUCAGAAUGUUAAAUGACGCGAAGAAGUAUGUUGAGACCUGUCAGGUCUGUCAGCGGGACAAGCCGCGAACUCAAGCACCGCUUGGGUUAUUGAAGCCUUUACCUAUUCCUGAUCGUCCAGGAUUGAGUGUUUCCAUGGAUUUCAUGGACACUCUUGUGACCAGCAAGAGUGUUCCCACUGUUGCGGUUCCCACCGCCGCCGCUUCCACCACUGUGGUCUCCACUGCUGCGGUUUCUACGGCUGCUGUUUCAACUCCGGGUUUCACUCCGGCAGUUUCUGCUACGGAAGUUGCCGCCGCUGCGGUCCCUGCUACAGAAGUUGCCUCUGCUGCGGUUCCUACUACAACACUUGUCUCUGCUGCGGUGUACUUGGCUCUCAGUGCGGUACUGCAUGGCACAACAUCUAUCAAGCUCCAGGUCAUCAUAUCUGCUGUAGCAGGUAGCCAAGAUUCAGCAUCUCAAGGGGGGGUGCUUGCGGUGCUGACGGAGUUGAAAAGUCCGCAGGCGCGUGGCAAUGGGAAGGAGAGUCCAUGGACUGAGGCAAGGAAGCAAACGAUGGAGCGGCAGGCCUGUGUAGAGGUCCUUGCAAAGAUGAGCUUCGAGAUCCCACCUGAAUGUGUUGUGGCCGGUGACGAGGCUGCAGUGGCUCUUGGCCCCCCCCAGCAGCAAUCAUCCCUUACUCCACAAGUCACACCAACAGCUCCCAAAGGUGGUGACCCAUUCGCAGCUAGUGCAAGCUUGGAGGAUGACGACUUUGGUGCGGUGUUUGGGAAAAGACAUCAGCGGAGAGAUAGUAUGGCUGCCCUUUUAGAACUGGAAGGAGGACACAUCGCGGGAGGAGGGGCAGAUGGUUUUGGGAUGGGUGAUGGGUUUACUGGUGGACUUGGAGGCCUUGAGGAAGGGUUUGAAGGCGACUAUGGGAGUCUUGAUUUGGGAGACGCCGAUGAUGCCUUUGGGGGCGGAUUUGGGGAUGCGUUUGAUUCUACUGGAGAUGCUUUUGGAGGUGGUUUUGAUGCAUCAGAAUUCGGUGCAUCUUUUGACGCAGACAGCGGUCUUGACACGGACCUGGGCGAGUUGGUUGUAGGGUCUGGGGCUCGAGCUGCGGAAGCUCCAGGCGGUCCGGCAAAGACAGGGGCUGACCCAUUCCCACAUCCAACUUCUCCGGAAUUCAACCGUUCAGAUAGUCGCGACAUGUUUGAUAGUGGAUUCGGAAUGGCUUUAGUACCUGCACCUUCUUCUGGUGCAGAUAUGGGAUCUAUAGAUGGUGCAGUGGAAUCGCCGGGAGCAACUCGAGCUGCGGUGGUUUGGAUGGAGGAGGUUGUGCAUGCUGAGUUCAGAGGGGUGGAACUUGUCAGGGUUGGCCUACAGGGUGAGGUACAUCUGCGACCGUCUCCUCCCAGCAUGAUGGGGGGAGUUGCCGACACAGAGCUGUCCUUCCGUCUGGAAGGAACGGCAGGUGUUAAGCGAGCUGUCAUGAACAAUGCCUUGGUUAGUAGUGUUGGAGAGGGCAUCUUUUACAUCCGUGCGCCGCCAUCUGAGAAGUCGUCGUGCUUGCUCAAGUACAGACUCCUUCCGCGUUUUACUCCUUUGCCAUUGAGAAUCAGGCUUGUGUCGAAGGUCAUUGGCGAUUCGGUUGCCUGGAUGUUACAGUAUGUGGCGAAUCCAUAUCUCUUCUCUGAACUUACAAAUGUGAAGCUCUGCGUGGCAAUCCCGUUCCCUGUGAAGACUCAAUUGCUUCAGAUGAGUCCCAGGGGUGUGUGGGACCCUAAGAUGAAGGAGGUGCAAUGGAAAGUGGAUCAUAUUGUGCCUGGGGCAAAGCCGGAGCGCUUGAGGGCUAGGCUGGAGGAUCCCAGCGUUGCAAGGGAAGCGCAAUCAGAGUUGGAUCAUAUGCGAGCCCGAGUGGAAUUCGAGUGGAUGGGACAAAACACGUUGUCAGGAGUGACUGUCAGAUCUGCAUCACCAGUAGAUGGAGCGACUGGAUUUGUUCUAGGGAAAAACACCAUUAAGACCGGCAGUUUUAUUUGCUGCUAAUUUUUGUCCCUCGCUUCCUAAGCCCACUUGAUCCUAAUCACUCUAUGGAACAUUUAUGCGCCUCUUUCCACCAUUGCCUGGUGUUCAUGAUAACUCGUCGCUCCUACACCUUUCUCCAUCUGAAAGAAAACAACAUUUCCUGUCUCUCUCUCUGUGAUCUCUGUGUUUUCAACUUUGCCUGUCUGUCUGUUGGUCUGUCUGCUUCCGGUGUUCUCUCUAUGUAUCUGGAUAUCUUCCUCUCCACGUCUCUAUUGUCUUUGCAUACUCCGUAUCUGUAUGUCUUGCUGUCAGUCCGUAUGUCUAUCUUUCUCUCCCCAACAAACAUCUGCACAUGAA